CUUGAGGCAGUCGUUUGGCAUAUAUCUGCCUUUCAACAGGAAUAGCCUCCGUUUCUUCAAUCUCCUCCUAUUCCAUUUCGUCGCUUGUAAGAAAUAAGAAUGCGAGGCGCGCAUUUGAAAUCAUUCUCCCAGUCAGGAAAGAGCAUACACAAGUUUCCCCAGCCACUUUCAGUGAUCCACAAGGCCAAAGCGAUGCAGCUUCUGACCGCUAAUGAUGAUCUCACUCAACUGACAGGUGGGAGACCCCUCGAUGACAUUUCCAAGAUGCCAUCAGACGAUCGCCGCGCUGUACUCUGUAAGUACUUGGUGAAGGAGGAUCCAGUCGUGGUGCAAGAACCUAUUGCUUGGUCAGAUGAGGAGAGUAUUGGAAGGUUUCUUCUUCUAAAAAGAUUCCUCAAUAACGAUGAGUCUCGACAGCAUCUUCUUCUAGAAGCUCGAAGGGUGUUUUAUGAAGAGAACUCAUUCAUAAUCUCUUUGAGCGGAUUCUCUCGCUUCUUAGAUGAUAUGCUUGGCGAUUGGGAAGAUGCUGUUGCGGUCGAAAUACUCGUACGCGACCUUACGAUCAAGGUGGAAAGGCAGGACUGUCAAUGCGGGCAAUUGAUGGAAUACAUCCAGCGCCUCUCUUAUUUUGCCAAGAUGCCACAACUUCAAAAGUUUACGAUUGAAUGGUAUACUCCGCCGAAAAAUGUGGACGACGGUUUGCCUUACGACUGGAGUACGCUAUCUAGCAGUAACAGUAGUAAAGGAACCAGCUUACACAGCGUCACGGACGAUGAUAGUACUUACGAGGACGGAGGUUCUAAUGAGACUUUGAGAUGGGAGACUUCGGACGAUGAUAUCUGGAGCCUGGAUGGGGAUGUGCACGGGUGAGUUGCCAUAUAAGACAUGUGGAUCAGGAGGUGGAUGCAUGUGGUCAUCAAGUGUAUGAGACAAUUUCAUAGUGCAAAUAGCUGGGAGCCGUCGGCUUUGUCAUUUGGCCGCCAUACUCUACUGCGGUAUGUCAAUUCAUAUACAUACGACAAGUCGUUUGUUUUGUUGGUAUUAUUAGUAAAAGUCUCUUGUAUUCUUACCUCCUACCCUCU